CCUUACCCCUAACCUAACCCCAGCCACCAGCCCGCCAUCACAAUCCUCCAUAGCCGAACUUUUCUUCUCCAUUAGAUGGUGCUUUCGCCGCCGGCGGGAAUCGUGGGUACCGUCGCACUCUUCUCAUCGCCAAUCCCUUCUCAUCUUUCCUCUUCUCGUCACUGUCGCACAAAGGAAGCGUUGACCCCGUGGCAUAACCGUCGCGAAGGUUUCCCGGUCGAUCGUCAUCUCUUCAAGCGCGCUCUCUCUCUCUCACUCACUCUCUCUGUGUCUGAGCUUCGAGCUUUCUGUCGCUCUCUGUUCGAGUUCACUUCCCUUGUUCCGUUGUCAUCAGCCCGUCGCUUCCUAUUCCUCCCUCGCCUCACUUUCCUUCCUCCUUCGCCGCCGAUGGAACAGGAACAACAGGCAGAAGACAUUAUUUAUUCAAUUUGUUGAAUGGUGAUGUAAUUAUGAAUUCAAUUUAAUUUGGAUUCUGACUUUGGAAUUCGAUUCAAUUCAGUUUUUGCUGCUGAUAUGUUUUCAGAUUAGUUUGGAUUCAUAGUCUGAUAUGUUUUCAAAAACAGUGUCAAUGUGCUUCUAUAUAUCUGAAUCAGUGUAUUUCAAAGUCGUUCAUAUGGUAAACUGGUUGUUAUGUAUCAACAAACUAUGCUUGUCUGUACUAAUAUACCUUUGUUUUGAAUAGUAUCAUUCAAUCUAUUUAUACUGUACAGCCACAAUUUAAGUGUUGCUAGAUGAUAUGUACACAAGUCAUGCCAAUUUAAAUUUUUUUGGGUUUCUUAGUAUCACUAUAUUUCUCUUUUUUAAUGAUCUAUGAAGUUGUUUAGUUAUAAACUUUGAUGUUUGA